CUCCGCUCUGCUCCCCAUCUAGCACCCCACGCCCCCCUCCUCUCCGCCCUUCCGCCGCCGCCGUCGCCGCCCCCACCUGAUCGCCGCACCGCCGCCUCAUCGUCGCCGGGAACCCCCGCUGCCCCCGCCAAUCUUGCGCAUAGAGAUCCGUCCGUUGACGCGGCUCCGGCACGUGCCAAAAUUCCAGCGGAGACCUGUGGGGAAUCUCCCGGUCUCCCCCUCCACCGCCUCGGGGCUAGGCCUCGCCCUUCACGCUGCCCCUCGAGAAUUUUAAUCUGCUCAAUCCAAUCCGGCCUGGCGAUUCUAAAGUUCGCGAAUUCCGAUUGGGGGCCUGAGGGCGCCGCGGCCUAGGGUUUGUAAGCUGGUGGUGCCGUCCCGGGGCCGGGAGGCAGUGGUGGACAGCGGCAGCCGCAGCCAUGAGCGACGGCGAGCGCCGCGAUGAGGAGAACCCGACCGCCAGUGCCGCAGAUGAUGACGACGAUGAGGAUUAUGAGGAACCUGGUGGAGGAAAUCACUUCCUGGGGUUUAUGUUCGGCAAUGUAGAUGAUUCUGGUGACUUAGAUGCUGACUAUCUUGAUGAGGAUGCAAAGGAACACCUUUUUGCACUGGCAGACAAGCUUGGUCCAUCUUUCAAAGACAUUGACCUAAUCAAGUCUUCUCCAGCACCAACUGAUCCUUCUGAGCAAGACUAUGAUGAGAAGGCAGAAGAUGCUGUUGACUAUGAAGAUAUUGAUGAAGAAUAUGAUGGACCUGAAGUUGAAGCAGCUACAGAGGAGGAUAAUGUGUUGUCAAAAAAAGAUUACUUGUCAUCUGCAGUGUAUGCAUCGGUCAAUAAUACAGUUUCAGUGUUUGACGAGGAGAACUACGAUGAGGAUGAAGAAACACCCAAUGACAAUAAGUCUACUGGUGAUAAUGCUGUUCAAAAUCUUUCUUCAGUUUCAAGUGAGCAGGCAGAUAUGGCAACCUCAAGCGAUCACCUGCCCUUAGAAAAGACUGGCUCAUUAUCAUAUCCAGAAGAAAGUAUGGACUUUGAAUAUGAAGUUUUGGAGAAUGAAAUGGGGACCGAGGAAGGUCAACUUGAGCCUGAAACUGUAACUUCCCUCCCUGUUUUAUGCAUAGAGGAAGGGAAUGUGAUCCUGAGGUUCUCUGAAAUUUUUGGUAUCCAGGAGCCUGUAAGAAAAGUGAAGACAGAUCACCACAAACGUCCAGUGAAUAAAGAGCUUCAGAUCUCAAAUGUUGCUGACAGUGUUGAAGAAGAUGAGGAAAUAAUUCUGCGAAGCACCACUAUUCAAAAUUUCUCAACUUUGAAGCAUAUCCAAAUGAAUGAAGAUUUUGUUGAGACUGACAGUGACGAGUCAGUUGCUGAUGUCACUUUAAGGCUGAAGGACUCAUGUCUUUCUGAACAACCAAUGAAAGUUGCACAUACCGUCCAGCGAUCUCCAGUUUGUCCUGAUUUUUAUCCACUUGAGCAUGAUGAUUGGGAAAAUGAUAUCAUUUGGAAUAAUUCACCAUCAAAUGAUUGUCAGCCUUAUGCCAAAAUCUGUGAAUCUGAAGAGAGUGUGGACACACAUGGUGAAGACCAGGCUAAGGAUUAUGGUCAGGCCUCCAGGUGUUGGGAUGUACAGAGCAAAAGCAAUGGUUCUCCAGUAAUAGAAGAGCCAUUCGGUUGUACAGAAAUGCCUGCUCCAGCUAAUUACCAUUCUCCUGGGAAUAAUCACCCUCCACUGACAAAUGAGGAUAACAUAGACCACAUAAUGCCAAAUAAUUUAGAUGAGGCAGUUAAAACUGACACCAUGCUGCGUUUAAACCACCUGAGUUUACUGAACAGGGAAUUAUUAGAAGGAUCAUGGUUGGACAACAUAAUUUGGGAUCCCAGUGAGGGUACCCCAAAGCCUAAACUGAUCUUUGACCUCAAAGAUGAUCAUAUGCUUUUUGAGAUCCUGGAUGAAAAGAAUGUGGAUCACCUCCGCUCUCAUGCUCGUGCCAUGAUUGUUAGUCAGUCAGUGAAGACAUCAACAACAACAGUGGAGAAUUUUGACAGUCAAGUAAAGGCAUUGAGUGGCAGGUUCAACAUCUCCAAUGACAAGUUUUAUUCUAAUAGGAAGGCGCCACAGCAAGCUAAAUCUCAUACUAAAAAACGUGCUCUAAUGGGCAUAAAGGUGGUGCAUUCUGCUCCAGCUCAUAAGCUGCAAACCAUGAAACCAGUAUUGAGCAAUAAGGAAAUUGCAAACUUUCAUAGACCAAAAGCUAAGUGGUAUCCACAUGAAAAUAAAAUUGCCGCGCAAUUACAAGGAGCUGCUUGUAGCCAUGGGAGGAUGACUGCUAUUCUUAUGACAUUGGGAGGAAAAGGAGUCAGGAUUUUGGUAAAUUCAGAGGACACUCCGGUCUCUGUCAAAUUAAAAGCUUCAAAGAAGUUAGAAUUGAAGCCUUCUGAGAAGAUCAAAUUGUUCUGUUCUGGAAAAGAGCUUCAGGAUGACAUCUCAUUAGCCAUGCAAAAUGUGCGACCAAACUCUAUUCUGCAUGUUGUUCGCACUGAAGUGACUCUAUGGCCAAAAGCACAGAAGUUACCUGGUGAGGACAAGCCUCUACGCCCUCCUGGGGCUUUCAGGAAAAAAACUGACUUGUCCGUCAAGGAUGGACAUGUAUUUUUAAUGGAAUAUUGUGAAGAGAGACCUUUGCUUCUUUCAAAUGCAGGAAUGGGAGCCCGACUCUGUACAUAUUACCAGAAAACUUCACCUGCUGAUCAGACUGCUUCAUCACUGCGAAACAACGGUGAUGGACUGGGCACAGUACUUGCGAUUGAUCCUGCUGACAAAUCCCCCUUUCUAGGAGACAUACGUUCUGGGUCCCAUCAAUCUUGUCUUGAAACAAACAUGUUCAGAGCACCUAUAUUUCCUCAUAAGGUUGCACCAACUGAUUACCUAUUAGUUCGUUCAGCCAAAGGGGUGCUUUCCCUUCGUCGCAUUGACAAGCUAUAUGCUGUUGGUCAACAAGAACCUCAUAUGGAAGUCUUUUCACCUGGGACUAAAAAUGUGCAGAAUUAUCUUCUAAAUCGAGUGCUUGCAUAUGUUUAUCGUGAGUUUCGUGCUAGGGAGAGGCCUGAUGGUAUUCCUCAGAUUCGGGCAGAUGAGUUACCCAUUCAAAGUCCUCUGACAGAAGCUAUAGUGAAAAAACGAUUGAAGCAUUGUGCAGAUUUUAAGAAAGGACCAAAGGGACAUUUUUUCUGGACACAGAGACCUGAUUUUCGGGUUCCAUCAGAGGAAGAACUGAGAAGAUUAUUGACACCAGAAAGUGUCUGCUGUUAUGAGAGUAUGCAAGCUGGUCUGUAUCGUCUCAAGCGCUUAGGAAUUGUGAAGCUUACUCAGCCUGUUGGACUGGCUUCUGCCAUGAAUCAGCUUCCUGAUGAAGCUAUUGAGCUUGCUGCUGCAUCACAUAUCGAGAGGGAACUGCAAAUCACUAGCUGGAAUCUUACGAGUAAUUUUGUUGCUUGUACGAAUCAGGACAGAGAAAAUAUAGAAAGAUUAGAAAUUACUGGCGUCGGUGAUCCAUCUGGCCGUGGGCUAGGAUUCAGUUAUGUGCGAGUAGCACCAAAAGCACCUUCCUCCAAUUCAAUGCUCAAGAAGAAGUCAGCUGCUGCAAAGGGUACCACUGUAACUGGAACUGAUGCUGAUCUCCGCAGGUUGAGCAUGGAUGCAGCCCGAGAGUUGUUGCUGAAAUUCGGUGUUCCUGAAGAGCAAAUCGAUAAACUAACAAGGUGGCAUCGGAUUGCUAUGGUGAGGAAGCUGUCAAGUGAGCAAGCUGCAUCAGGAAUUACUAUUGAUGAAACUGUUAGUAAGUUUGCACGCGGACAAAGGAUGUCUUUGCAACUUCAACAGCAAACUAGGGAGAAAUGUCAGGAAAUUUGGGAUAGACAACUCCAGUCACUUUCAGCUAUAGAUGGUGAUGACAAUGGGAGUGACACAGAAGCUAACAGUGAUCUGGACUCAUUUGCUGGGGAUCUUGAAAACUUGCUAGAUGCAGAAGAAUUUGAUGACGAGGAUACUAGUACAGCAGAGUUGAGAAGUGACAAAGCAGAUGGAAUGAGAGGACUUAAGAUGAGAAGGUGCCCUACUCAUGCUCAAAUUAACGAGGAAAUUGAAGAUGAUGAAGCAGAAGCUUCUCUGGCAAAAAAACUACUUGAAGACAAUGGUAAUGAUAUGAAGAGGAAAAAGCAGCCAGAGGGUCUGACAAACUGUGGCACCUCUACAGGUGCCAAUAAAACAAAGCAGAAUAAGACUGGACAAAUGAUCAAAUCAUCUGGUUAUGCUGGUGCAUCGACCCCAAAGGAGAGCACGCCAAGAGAAGCAAAAGAGGCUGAAAAUUCUUUUGCUGAAGGUGGUUUGCCCACAAAACUAAAAACAAAGGUGGCAUUUGAUGGAAAUGAUAUCCUUCUAGUUAAAAAGAAAAGUGCUCUAGGAAAGGAUGGACCUAAGGAAAAGAGACAGGGUGCAAGGGGGGACACUCUUGUUUGUGGAGCCUGUGGUCAGCUUGGGCAUAUGCGAACUAACAAACUAUGCCCUAAGUAUCGGGAGGAUCAAGAAACGUCAGAAAUGGAUGCAAAUUCAGUUAAGUCCAAUCCUACAGAUAUAGUGAACCAUUUGCCAACAAAGACACCUAAAAGGUUGAUAACCAAAGUUUCCUCUGAAGCUACUGAAACUGAAGGACCAGAAUGUAUUGAGAAGACAAAAUCUGUCCCAGUAAAAUUCAAAUUAGGGGCACCUGAUAAGUCCUUGGAGAGGAACAUGUCGCUCUCUAGUUCGCUGGUUUCUGAGAAACGCACCAUGGAUGUUACAGACUAUAGAUCUACUGGAAAGGUAAACAAGAUAAUAAUACCUAAUAGGAUAAAGUCUGAUGAUUACCCUCCUGACACUCCAAAGCCAUCUGUUGUAUUUCGGCCUCCUGCUGAAGAGAAGGAUGUACCUCGUAAAAAGAUCACCAUCAAGCAGCCUAAGGGAGUAGAUCAACAAAAACUUGUUGAACCUAGGAGUGGUCAGGAGCCUACUAGAAAGACAAGAAAAAUGGUUGAAUUAUCAAGUUUUGAGGGGAAAAGUAGAGAGGAUGAUCAUUGGUUUGGUGGAGAACCCAGCCAGAAUUCCUCGCAUGAGAGGGGGCUGGGUCUGGAAGGGAAAAGAAGAAGCAAAGCUGUAAUGGAAAGUGAGAAGUCCUGGAGAGAUUUUGAAGAGCAAAGAGAAAUGCCACAACAGAGGCUCACUGAUGCUAGGAUAUAUGCAUCGAGGGAGGAGGAUCAUCAGAAGGCAAAAAAGAAAAACAAGAAAAAGAAGAAACAUGAAUUUAGAGAUGAUGACCUACUGGAUCACAGGCCGUACAAAAAUGACAGAAGGGUACCCGAAAGACAACGAGCAGUAAAACGAUCUAUUCCGGUUGAUAUGAUUGAACAUACACCAUCUGCUAAGCGUCGCAGAGGAGGAGAGGUUGAGCUCUCCAACAUACUGGAAAAGAUAGUUGAUGACCUGCGGGGAAACACUCAGAUAUCAUUGCUAUUUCUAAAACCAGUAACGAGGAAAGAUGCUCCCGAUUACCUUGAAAUCAUACAACGGCCAAUGGAUCUCGGUACCAUCAGAGACAAGGUGAGGAAGAUGGAGUACAGAAACCGGUAUGAAUUCAGGCACGACGUAGCACAGAUACAACUGAACGCACACAUCUACAACGAUGAGCGACAUCCUCACAUCCCUCCGCUUGCGGACGCGCUCAUGGAGAUGUGCGAUUAUCUACUUGACGAAAGCGCAGAUGAGCUCGCCGAGGCGGAAGAUGCUAUUGAGCACUAAUACAAUAAUUAGACUUAGCAUUUAGAACUUGCUAUAUCCUAACAUAGAUGAUGUAUUUGCUGAUCUGUAGGAGGGGGGAAAAGGGUAGCUGUACAUUUUUGAGUCCUGGCAGUAGUGUACAUGCAAUCCCAAAUCCAACUGUUUUACAUUCUGUUGGUAUUGGGAGAUGAUGGACGUACACAGGCUCUAGGUUAGUCAAGUGAGGGUUCGCUGUAACAAUUGCCCUCUUGUUGUAAAAAUGUGUAGUGUAACUUGUCCAUAUCCAUGACUUAUUUGUCCUAAUAACCCGAUGGUCUUUCAGUCGGGUAUGAAUCACCUUCAAUUGUAGCAUGAAAAUAUAACGCGCAACAUUAAACCA